CCACUGAUCGCACCAACGACCAUCGACAUUGAAUUAAUUCUUCUUAUGUCGCAAUUCCUGCGGAAGUAGUUAUCAUUGACAUCCAAACGUUUGUCAUUGUCAGUGUUAAGUUUCUUGGAACGUGCAUUACAUACAACCACAACUCGACCGUUGACUUAAUCCUCUCCUAAAAAACCCAGUGUUCGUCUCUUCGAAAUUCCACUGAUAAUUACGACACUGAAUUUAAGUGGAACGAAGACACGAAUUUGAGGAGUAUCGCUUAACUUUCGCCGCAUUCUUGCAUCAAUGAGAUAAAAUUCGUAAUCUAAUGACAGUGUAAUUAUUAUCCGCUGGAUCUGUGUUUGUGUACAACGUGUCGAGGAAAAAUUCUUGAGAAGUGUUUGGUGAGUCAACGACAGUGAGUGAGUUAUAGAUGUGGUGUUCAGUGGUGUUAAGUUGCGUGGAAUUGUAGGGGGAGAAAUCAUGCCAAAGAAAUGUCUAUUUAUCAUCCACGUUCUCGUAAUUUGCCAAAUUUGUCCUCCGAGCUUCGCUCGCCUUAAAAUUGGAGUGGGUAGGGCGGAUUGUACAGGACCGGCUGCAGAGGUCACUUUCAUGGGGUAUGCCAAAUCUAGUCAAAAGGGGUGCGGAAUUCACCUUCGCCAGUUCUCCAGGGCUUUUAUCUUCGACGACGGGACGAAAAGGGCGGCUUUCGUCAGUGUUGACACGGGAAUGAUGGCCCACAGUGUGCGAAAAGCCGUCCUGUUUCGACUCAACAAAAUGUAUAACAGCACAUAUACGGAAAGCAACCUGAUCCUGAGCGGGACUCACACGCAUUCAGCUCCUGGGGGAUAUCUGAUGGAGUUUAUGUACGAUUUGCCGUGUCUGGGCUUUGUGAAGGAGACGUUUGAUGCUCUUGUGGAGGGAAUAACGACGUCCAUUGAAAGGGCUCACCGGAGUAUGGUGGAUGGGAAAGCGCUGUUGUCGUAUGGUGAAGUCCUGGGGGCUAAUAUUAAUAGGAGUCCUACGGCGUAUUUGCUGAAUCCCGAGGAGGAACGUGAGCAAUACCCCCACAACGUCGACAAGGACCUCAUCCAACUCAAACUCCUCAAAUCCGACGACACCCUGCUCGGCGCAAUCAACUGGUUCUCCGUCCACCCCACCUCCAUGAACUUCAGCAACUGCCUAAUAACUUCGGACAAUGUCGGCUACGCUUCCGUCUUAUUAGAAAAAAGUCACAACAAGGACGCCCCAAUCGGACAAGGGCGGUUCGUGGGGGCCUUCGCCUCCACCAACCUGGGGGACGUCUCCCCGAACGUCAGAGGGCCGCGCUGCAUCGACACCGACGAGAUUUGUAGCUUGAUGUCGAGCACGUGUCGGGGGGAGGCGAAGUACUGUGUGGCGGCGGGUCCGGGGGUGGAUAUGUUCGACAGCACAAGGAUUAUUGCCGAGAAGCUGUUUGAGGAAGCGAGGCGCCUUCUAGACUCCCCCGACGGCCACCCCAUCUCGCCACCCAUCAACUACAUCCACCGCUUCGUGGACAUGCCAUCCCAAAACGCCACCAUCCAGCACCCCAACGGAACAACCCAGCAAGUCCAUGGGUGCCUCCCCGCCAUGGGCUACAGCUUCGCCGCCGGCACCACCGACGGCGUCGGCGAGUUCGGCUUCUCCCAAGGCGCGCGUCACGGCAGCUCCCAGUGGAACACCCUCCGAGACUUCCUCUUCCAGCCCACUCAAGAAGACAUCGACUGCCAAUACCCCAAACCUAUCCUCAUCAAUUCAGGCAGGAUUUCAACCCCGUAUGAGUGGCAGCCCCGCAUAGUUUCCACCCAACUAAUCCAACUGGGUGAUUUGUUCCUGGUUGCGGUUCCGGGAGAAUUCACCACGAUGUCUGGACGACGUCUACGCAGGACUAUUAGGGACACCGCCAUCAACAACGGGGUCUCCGGCGCAAAAGUCGUCAUUACGGGCCUGAGCAAUAUUUACACCAGCUAUAUUGCGACGCCGGAGGAAUAUCAAAUGCAGAGAUACGAGGGUGCGUCGACAAUUUUCGGACCCUACACGCUCACAUUAUACCGGAAAGUGUACAAGGAGAUGGUGGAGGCCAUGCUGACGGGUGAAAACGUGGAUCCCGGUCCUCAACCCCCGGAUCUCUCGACUCAAGUUAUAUCAUUAGUCCCUCCCGUCAUGCUCGACACUUCCGGGUUUCUGAAGCAGUUCGGCGAUUGCCUCGUUCAACCCCUUCCGGUGGUUAAAAGAGGGAUGACAGUGUUUGCCCUGUUCAUUUCCGGCCAUCCCCGGAACAACCUGAUGCACGACCGGACUUUCCUCACGGUGGAAAAGCGGGUGGAAGCACGCAAGUGGAAAGUUGUGGCGACGGACGCCGACUGGGAGACGAAGUUUAUUUGGAGGAGAGACUCCACUUUGAGUGGGGGCAGUAAAGUUACGGUUGAGUGGACGGUUCCGUUGAACGCCGCCCCGGGGAAGUACAGGCUAAGACACUUUGGGUAUUACAAGAGUUUGUUCGGGGGAACGUUUCCGUAUAGCGGAACUUCGAAAAGUUUCGAAGUGAUCGAAUAAAAUUGUUAAGACUGAAUUUAACUAGUAGAUGUAUUGUAGGUUCUUGCCAUGUAAUAAAUUAUGUAAUGAAUAGAUAUUAAUAUUUA